AUGUGGUUGCGACCAAUGGCUGCGAUACCCACUGUCAAAGAUAAAAAAGAGAAGAGGAAUGAGGCUCUCACCACAGCAAUUUUGAAGGAUAAGACAAACCGUCUAAUAGUUGAUCAAAGCGAUAAAGAUGACAACUCCAUCAUUGCUCUUAGUCAAGAUAAGAUGGAUGAAUUGGCACUUUUCCGUGGAGACACGGUAGUGCUGAAGGUAAGGCACUCUGCUUCUACGAUGAGAUCAGUCAUUUUAGUUUCUCGAAUUGGUAUUGAUCCGUUCUACGAAUUUUAA